UCGCUCUCUGCUCUUUUUUUAGUACUGUUUUAAUUUUUUUUUUUACAUGAAUAUGAAUUGGGGAAUUAGCGGCUUUUUAAUGACACUAUAGUCGGCAUUUGUGUUUCUAUGCAUUUUUUUUAUAGCAGGCACCCAUAUAAUUGAUCUUAAAUUUACACGGUAAGUGUUGUUGUCACUGUUACCUUAAUUAACAUCAGUGUUGGACGUUAGCAUUGGUAAGUGCUAACGUCCAGUGUGAAGAGAGGGGAUGAUAAACUAAACAAGUUGCUAGUCUACGAUAAUAACAAUGUCUACCAUAGAGAUGAACACUACUGGCACCGAGGGAGACCAGGGGAUGACAUCGUUGCCCCCCUCAGAAGAGGACAGUCCUCCUGUUAUAAAUGACAUUUCAGCCCUUCUGAAUUUUGCCGAGCUCACACCUUCUCAGUUUGGUAUCUCUGUCCAGAGUUUCACCCCGGCAUCAUCAGACCACAAAGGUAAGUCUCGUGUGGCACAAAUGAAGGCGAGGCGGAGGUCCAGUGUUGGUGUGCGGGGCUCCCCAGAGACAAACUCCCUCAUCCGCUUCAUGGCUCAACAGAGGAUGAAAACUCCGAAAUCCCAGCAAACUCCAGAGCUUGUCAAAAGCAGCCCCUUCCUUCCUCGGGUUGCCUCCACACUGAGGCAGAAGAUGGCUUCCUUCCAGUGCCUGAUGGAUGUGGAGGAGAGAGAGGUCUGUGAUCCGAUGCCAAGGCAGGACAACAACACUGGAGGAUGCAUCAAGACAAGAGAUUAUCUGUCUGAUGGAGAAAACCUCAAUGGAGGGAAAGAGAACCUCCCACCGAUGAUGACACCCACACCCAACAAGAGGAGGCGAGUGGGCCCCCUCGAAGGCUGCAAGAUUGAGAUUAGAGAGGCCAGAACUCCUGUGCUCUUGAAUUUGAAGCAGCAGGAGGAGGAUGUAGACCCGGUGAAACAGGCUGUGACAAAAGGGCCACUGCCAUCAAGAGAGACUGUGCAAGAGGCCCAAGCUGUGCUUAUUUCUCCACCCGUCCAAGCUGAGCCACUCAUGUUUCCUGAGCUUCAGGCCUGUUCAUCUACCAACAGCCAACAGGACGGUGUGUUUGAACUCCAAAGCCCCAGGUGGCCACCGUCUGAUGACCUUGCAGCAGCUUCACCAGCUAAGCCUGCCCUCCCAUUCCUCAUCCCCUCUCUCCCCUCUCUGUUGGAGAUGAAGCCCACAGGAGAGGAUGGUUCCUCAGCAACCUCCACGAUUAAGAAGAAGAAAAAGCAGGUGCGCUUUGGAGGUCCACUCUCCCCUGAGUUCUUUGAUAAAAACCUGCCCCCCAGCACGCCAUUACAGAAGGGGGCCACGCCUGCCCGAGCUCCCACACCAGGCGAGAGGUUAAAGUUGCGCUCGCUGUUGAAGACACCGCAGAAGAGUGAACCCCAGUCCCCGCAAGCACAGCCAGACAUCUGCAGCCCCACGGAGUUCGGUGCCUCCCCUACUUUUGCAAUGCCUCGCAACCGCAGAAUGAAGUGUGUGGGAGAAGACAGUGAGGAGAUGGAUGGAAAGAUCGUUUUCCCUUCAAUGGAUGAGAUUGACUCCACAGGGACUGAUACAGAACCUGUUUGCGACACCCAGCCAUUGAAUUUGGACACUGCUUUCCACGAGGAGUCUCUUUGUGAGAUUCUGACAGAGUCUGUGACUAAACCAAGCACAACUUCUCAGAUGGACACCCUGGAUGAACCCGUAUUUUUACCAGAGGAGGAGAAGCAACUUGAAGCAGAUAUUGAAGCGCCAGCCUCGAGCAGAUCUAGCAACCGAAGGAAAAAGUCUGAACCAAAGAGUGAGACUGCCACUGAGACUCCAGCUCGCUCCAAAAGUCGAAAGAGAAAGCAGCCAGAGGAGACUGAACCUGUGAAGAGGUCGACACGCACUGCUGCCAAGUUGGCCUCUGGGAAGAUGAAGAUGACUGCUACAGCAACACGCCAGUUCAACAAGGAGGUGAACCGCUCCCUGUACGGCUCUCGGGAAUAUGCGUCCAAGGACCCCACCCUCAGCCCCAUUGCUGAGAGUCUGUCCUUCAUCAGCCAGUCUCCAGCAGCACAGCUGACUGACGCUACCAGCUGCACAACCUCAAAUCAGGAGCCAUACUUAACUAAUGAGAUGGGAGAAUCAAUCAAUGACCCUGUGACUGAAGUGGUGUAUGACACUCCAGAGAUGAGUGACAUCACUGUGACAAACACCUCAGAAACUCUUUCAGAAGCCUCAAUCACAUCUGCUAAGACCAGCAAAGAAAGCACCAAAGGAAAGGGGAGGAGGCUGUCAGGGCCGGGGGUCAGAGGAUUAAAGAGGAGGAAGGUCAGCGUGUCAGAAGAUGACCUGCUCAGCAAGGAGACUCAGGACCAGACAGGAGAGAAGAGAGACAAUCACUGUGAAGACAAAACCACUGCAAAUCUAGAGGAGUCAACAGAAACUUCAUUAAAACAAACUGUACCUGAUCAGGAGAGAGUAGACACUGAAGAACUUUAUGUCCAGACGUCUACAGACACACCCUGUACAGACACAGAUGGGAAACCAGAAUGCCCACCUUUAUGUGAAGAAUCCAACAGUUUGAGUGUGCCAACAGAGCCGGCACAGAGUACAGACAAGCGGAACCGGGGGAGACCAAAAGGCAGGAGGAGUUCUGCAUACAGCUCAAUCCUACCAGAGCAGGGAAACCAUGCAGAGAAGCAUCAAACGAGCCAUGAUGUGGAGGAGAAGGGAGACGAAGCAGCGAGCCAGCAGGAAAACAACAACGGCCCAAGCUCUAACAGCCAGGGAGAGUGGGAAGUAGCCAAUUUGGACCUGGCCCCUUGGCAGGCUGACUUUAAUUUUGAGGAUGUGUUCAAACCUGUCGCCACUAGAGGGCAGCGCUCGGUGCGGCGCAGCCUGAGGAACAAGGGCAUUGCAGAGAACAGCACAGGUCUCGCCUGGCUGCCCCAGACCCCCCCUGAUUCCACUAAAGAGGCCCGCAGGAGGACCCGCAGCCGCCGACUGUGUGCCGCCCUACCUGUUCAGCCUUCACUCCCAGAGGAGACUCAACACAACGCUUCAUGAGACUUUAAACUAAACACAUGGGACACUCUCUGCCCAUAACUGGAACUAAGCUGAAUAAUUCCAUCACACUGUCAUACAUUGUUUUCUUAAAAUUAAACGGAACGAUUUUCCAAACUACAGCCUGAUUUAUGUUAGGCGAAAACAUUGACGCUUUUGUUCCCUGUUGAAUUAUUAGAACUGACCAGUAAUUUGUAUCCAGUUUCUCUAACCAAACCAGUCAAUACACUGAGAGCCCAAUCAUCUCCGCUGACCACCUCCCAAUCAAUAUCCAACCACUCAGCUGGUAAUCACAGUGCCUCUUCAGUCUCACUCUCCAAAGUCACUGGAUCGAGCAUCUCCAAGUCAAUAUCUGUGUGUUUGUGGAUAGAUGAAGAGGCUGCGCCACAUUCACCAUCUGUCAGACAAGGAUAGGGGUUACUGGAAUAAUGGAAUAGUAA